AUGGACGUUACACCUUCCGUUCCUGUUGCUGAUAGCUCCCCGGCGUUGCCUGUGAUUUCUUUGCCUGUCGAUGUAGCGGCCCCCGUGCCUGAUACGCAGGCUGUUGACAAAAUUGAGCUACCGAUUAUGUCUGACCCUGUACCGGCUGAUGUAACGCUGUCCGUAUUAGAACCCGUAUCAGAGGCUGCUCCCACUGUUGUGAAUGAGAAUGUGUCCGCUGCUGCCGUCGUUGUUGUAGACCGUGAGGUGCGUCUUGACGCCCCCGCGGAACCCAAACCGCGUCGGGAAAGGCCGACUGAGAGGGCUGAAAACGUUCCCCGCAUUCGCAGCGCGAGUAUUUCGAGUGUUUCCUCUCGUAAGGCGCGAACGCCGUCCCCGGUGGUAACUUGUGUUCCACCGUACAAGUCCACCUCUAAACUAAAAAAAUUGCAACGGGCCUCGCAGCGCGCGGUUGUUGACUCGCGGCAGGCGCCGGCUUCCGAACGCCGUCGGCAGCGGCCUGCUGCUUGCAGUCAGCCCGAGGCGUCCGUGAGUUCCGCGGAGUCCAAGCGGGACGAGAAAGUUCGGCAGCUAAAGGUUCUCCUUACUAAAACGGAGCCUGUCGUAGCAAGUGGUAUGGCGAUGGACGUUGUUCAGGGCGUGUCUCCUGCCAACUUGGCAGCCAAACGUAAAUCGGACGACUCACAUUGCCGUCGCAUCCGGCCGCACUCGCAGGAUUCUGGAUCUGUUUCUGCCGUCGGCGCUGGACCUGCCACGGCGGCUCCUUCCGGUGCCGCUGUUAGUAUGGACACGGAGGUGGUUCAGCCCCCCGUGUUUUCCGGUGAUAAGUGUGACUGGGCGGCGGACGUGGAGGUGGACGACGGCACUGGAGCCGACGGUCAGGACGAGGUGACGUGGGCGUCGGUCGCGCUUGGCGCCUCCCCCGCACGUGCGAGUCGUGUGUCAGCACCUGAGCUUGCGACCGACUUCGUUGCUAUGGACGUUACACCUUCCGUUCCUGUUGCUGAUAGCUCCCCGACGUUGCCCGUGAUUUCUUUGCCUGUGGAUGUAGCAGCCACUGUGCCUGACACGCAGGCUGUUGAUAGAAUUGAACUACCGAUUGUGUCUGACCCUGUACCGGCAGCUGUAACGCUGUCCGUAUCGGAACCCGUUUCAGAGGCUGCUCCCUCUGUUAUGAAUGAGAAUGUGUCCGCUUCUGCCACCGUUGCUGUCGAUCGUGAGGAGCGUCUUGACGCCCCCGCGGAACCCAAACCGCGUCGCGAAAGGCCUACUGAGAGGGCUGAAAACGUUACCCGCUUUCGCAGCGCGAGUAUUUCAGGUGUUUCCUUUCGUAAGGCGCGGACGCCGUCCCCGGUGGUGACUUGUGUUCCACCGUACAAGUCCACCUCUAAGCAAAAGAAAUUGCAACGGGCCUCGCAGCGCGCGGUUGUUGACUCGCGGCAGGCGCCGGCUUCCGAUCGCCGUCGGCAGCGUCCUGUUGCUUGCAGUCAGCCCGAGGCGUCCGUGAGUUCCGCGGAAUCCAAGCGGGACGAGAAAGUUCGACAGCUAAAGGUUCUCCUUACUAAAAAGGAGCCCGUUGUGGCAAGCGGUAUGGCGAUGGACGUUGUUCAGGGCGUGUCGCCUGCACACUUGGCAGCCAAACGUAAAUCGGACGACUCACAUUGCCGUCGUAUCCGGCCGCACUCACAGGAUUCUGGACCUGUUUCUGCCGUCGGCGCUGGACCUGCCACGGCGGCUCCUUCCGGUGCCGCUGUUAGUAUGGACACGGAGGUGGUUCAGCCCCCCGUGUUUUCUGGUGAUAAGUGCGACUGGGCGGCGGACGUGGAGGUGGACGACGGCACUGGAGCCGCAGCUAUCUUGCGCAUAGUGGCUCCAGCGGGGGCCGUGUGGGCGACAUUGUCCGUGCUCUGCGGGGAUUACCGGCCAGAAACAAGUGGGAGUACCGCCUACCACAUACUGACUGGCGGACAGUUUGGCGCAACAUCACCUCCCCCGUGCUUCCUGCACCUGUCAGAGCGUCGUGCGGCCCCCGUGCCUGAUACGCAGGCUGUUGACAAAAUUGAGCUACCGAUUAUGUCUGACCCUGUACCGGCUGAUGUAACGCUGUCCGUAUUAGAACCCGUAUCAGAGGCUGCUCCCACUGUUGUGAAUGAGAAUGUGUCCGCUGCUGCCGUCGUUGCUGUAGACCGUGAGGAGCGUCUUGACGCCCCCGCGGAACCCAAGCCGCGUCGGGAAAGGCCGACUGAGAGGGCUGAAAACGUUCCCCGCAUUCGCAGCGCGAGUAUUUCGGGUGUCUCCUCUCGUAAGGCGCGAACGCCGUCCCCAGUGGUAACUUGUGUUCCACCGUACAAGUCCACCUCUAAACUAAAAAAAUUGCAACGGGCCUCGCAGCGCGCGGUUGUUGACUCGCGGCAGGCGCCGGCUUCCGAACGCCGUCGGCAGCGGCCUGCUGCUUGCAGUCAGCCCGAGGCGUCCGUGAGUUCCGCGGAGUCCAAGCGGGACGAGAAAGUGCGGCAGCUAAAGGUUCUCCUUACUAAAACGGAGCCUGUCGUAGCAAGCGGUAUGGCGAUGGACGUUGUUCAGGGCGUGUCUCCUGCACACUUGGCAGCCAAACGUAAAUCGGACGACUCACAUUGCCGUCGCAUCCGGCCGCACUCGCAGGAUUCUGGAUCUGUUUCUGCCGUCGGCGCUGGACCUGCCACGGCGGCUCCUUUCGGUGCCGCUGUUAGUAUGGACACGGAGGUGGUUCAGCCCCCCGUGUUUUCCGGUGAUAAGUGUGACUGGGCGGCGGACGUGGAGGUGGACGACGGCACUGGAGCCGUUAUCUUGCGCAUAGUGGCUCCAGCGGGGGCCGUGUGGGCGACAUUGUCCGUGCUCUGCGGGGAUUACCGGCCAGAAACAAGUGGGAGUACCGCCUACCGCGCACUGACUGGCGGACAGUUUGGCGCAACAUCACCUCCCCCGUGCUUCCUGCACCUGUCAGAGCAACGUGCGGCCCCCGUGCCUGAUACGCAGGCUGUUGACAAAAUUGAGCUACCGAUUAUGUCUGACCCUGUACCGGCUGAUGUAACGCUGUCCGUAUUAGAACCCGUAUCAGAGGCUGCUCCCACUGUUGUGAAUGAGAAUGUGUCCGCUGCUGCCGUCGUUGCUGUAGACCGUGAGGAGCGUCUUGACGCCCCCGCGGAACCCAAGCCGCGUCGGGAAAGGCCGACUGAGAGGGCUGAAAACGUUCCCCGCAUUCGCAGCGCGAGUAUUUCGGGUGUCUCCUCUCGUAAGGCGCGAACGCCGUCCCCAGUGGUAACUUGUGUUCCACCGUACAAGUCCACCUCUAAACUAAAAAAAUUGCAACGGGCCUCGCAGCGCGCGGUUGUUGACUCGCGGCAGGCGCCGGCUUCCGAACGCCGUCGGCAGCGGCCUGCUGCUUGCAGUCAGCCCGAGGCGUCCGUGAGUUCCGCGGAGUCCAAGCGGGACGAGAAAGUGCGGCAGCUAAAGGUUCUCCUUACUAAAACGGAGCCUGUCGUAGCAAGCGGUAUGGCGAUGGACGUUGUUCAGGGCGUGUCUCCUGCACACUUGGCAGCCAAACGUAAAUCGGACGACUCACAUUGCCGUCGCAUCCGGCCGCACUCGCAGGAUUCUGGAUCUGUUUCUGCCGUCGGCGCUGGACCUGCCACGGCGGCUCCUUUCGGUGCCGCUGUUAGUAUGGACACGGAGGUGGUUCAGCCCCCCGUGUUUUCCGGUGAUAAGUGUGACUGGGCGGCGGACGUGGAGGUGGACGACGGCACUGGAGCCGUUAUCUUGCGCAUAGUGGCUCCAGCGGGGGCCGUGUGGGCGACAUUGUCCGUGCUCUGCGGGGAUUACCGGCCAGAAACAAGUGGGAGUACCGCCUACCGCGCACUGACUGGCGGACAGUUUGGCGCAACAUCACCUCCCCCGUGCUUCCUGCACCUGUCAGAGCAACGUGCGGCCCCCGUGCCUGAUACGCAGGCUGUUGACAAAAUUGAGCUACCGAUUAUGUCUGACCCUGUACCGGCUGAUGUAACGCUGUCCGUAUUAGAACCCGUAUCAGAGGCUGCUCCCACUGUUGUGAAUGAGAAUGUGUCCGCUGCUGCCGUCGUUGUUGUAGACCGUGAGGUGCGUCUUGACGCCCCCGCGGAACCCAAACCGCGUCGGGAAAGGCCGACUGAGAGGGCUGAAAACGUUCCCCGCAUUCGCAGCGCGAGUAUUUCGAGUGUUUCCUCUCGUAAGGCGCGAACGCCGUCCCCGGUGGUAACUUGUGUUCCACCGUACAAGUCCACCUCUAAACUAAAAAAAUUGCAACGGGCCUCGCAGCGCGCGGUUGUUGACUCGCGGCAGGCGCCGGCUUCCGAACGCCGUCGGCAGCGGCCUGCUGCUUGCAGUCAGCCCGAGGCGUCCGUGAGUUCCGCGGAGUCCAAGCGGGACGAGAAAGUUCGGCAGCUAAAGGUUCUCCUUACUAAAACGGAGCCUGUCGUAGCAAGUGGUAUGGCGAUGGACGUUGUUCAGGGCGUGUCUCCUGCCAACUUGGCAGCCAAACGUAAAUCGGACGACUCACAUUGCCGUCGCAUCCGGCCGCACUCGCAGGAUUCUGGAUCUGUUUCUGCCGUCGGCGCUGGACCUGCCACGGCGGCUCCUUCCGGUGCCGCUGUUAGUAUGGACACGGAGGUGGUUCAGCCCCCCGUGUUUUCCGGUGAUAAGUGUGACUGGGCGGCGGACGUGGAGGUGGACGACGGCACUGGAGCCG